ACCCUGUAUGAGUCUCUGUCCCUUAUGAAUCAGAGGGCUCUAGAUGAUUCCCCACCCUGUAUGAGUCUCUGUCCCUUAUGAAUCAGAGGGCUCUAGAUGAUUCCCCCACCCUGUAUGAGUCUCUGUCCCUUAUGAAUCAGAGGGCUCUAGAUGAUUCCCCCACCCUGUAUGAGUCUCUGUCCCUUAUGAAUCAGAGGGCUCUAGGUGAUUCCCCCACCCUGUAUGAGUCUCUGUCCCUUAUGAAUCAGAGGGCUCUAGGUGAUUCCCCCACCCUGUAUGAGUCUCUGUCCCUUAUGAAUCAGAGGGCUCUAGGUGAUUCCCCCACCCUGUAUGAGUCUCUGUCCCUUAUGAAUCAGAGGGCUCUAGGUGAUUCCCCCACCCUGUAUGAGUCUCUGUCCCUUAUGAAUCAGAGGGCUCUAGGUGAUUCCCCCACCCUGUAUGAGUCUCUGUCCCUUAUGAAUCAGAGGGCUCUAGGUGAUUCCCCCACCCUGUAUGAGUCUAUGUCCCUUAUGAAUCAGAGGGCUCUAGGUGAUUCCCCCACCCUGUAUGAGUCUCUGUCCCUUAUGAAUCAGAGGGCUCUAGGUGAUUCCCCCACCCUGUAUGAGUCUCUGUCCCUUAUGAAUCAGAGGGCUCUAGGUGAUUCCCCCACCCUGUAUGAGUCUCUGUCCCUUAUGAAUCAGAGGGCUCUAGAUGAUUCCCCACCCUGUAUGUGUCUCUGUCCCUUAUGAAUCAGAGGGCUCUAGGUGAUUCCCCCACCCUGUAUGAGUCUCUGUCCCUUAUGAAUCAGAGGGCUCUAGGUGAUUCCCCCACCCUGUAUGGGUCUCUGUCCCUUAUGAAGGCUCUAGGUGAUUCCCCCACCCUGUAUGUGUCUCUGUCCCUUAUGAAUCAGAGGGCUCUAGGUGAUUCCCCCACCCUGUAUGGGUCUCUGUCCCUUAUGAAGGCUCUAGGUGAUUCCCCCACCCUGUAUGUGUCUCUGUCCCUUAUGAAUCAGAGGGCUCUAGAUGAUUCCC